UGUCAAAUAUAUAAAGAAGGUGGCUGGUGAAGCUCUCCUUGUUUGGUUGUUUGCAAAUAUAAAUAUCUAAAUAUCUAAAAAUUAAAAAGAAAUUAACGUAGUUUAGAGGAUAUUAAGGGCAAAUAUGAUAAAAAUUAAAAGAAAAGUUUACAAUUAAGGAUCAAGAGUAAAAUAAUAUAUUAAAAUACCUGAGUUAUUUUUAUUCCAAAAAGGAGAAUUAACUAUUUUUAGUAAAAAUAUGAAUACCCUGAACGACAUGAGAAGCUAUUCGAGAAAUUGGAUUAAAGAAUUUAUAGCAGUUUAUAAGGCCGAAGAAUGUUUAUGGCAAACAAGACAUCCAGAAUAUAACAAUCAAUUCACAAGAAAUCAAGCAUAUGAUAAGUUAGUUGAAAAGCUUAAAGAAGUAGAGCCGAAUUCAGAUCGGGCAAUGGUUGUAAGAAAGGUUAAUUCUUUAAGAUCUGCGUUCCGCAGAGAAUACAGGAAAAAAUGUGAAAAUCAUAACUAUGAACCAAAAUUGUGGUAUUACGACAUACUUCUGUUUAUAGCGGGACAAAGUGGGACUUCAAAAAAAGUAACAAAUGGUAGGAAACGGAAAUGUAUCGAGCAAGAGUCGUGUUACCAAAUUAAAAUAGAUCCUUUAACAAAUAGUGAGGAAGAUAUGGCAACUGAUGAAAACGAUGCUGAACACGAAGAAAGUAUGAUAGAUGAUGAACACGAACUUUUAUUAAAAAGAGAAGAGAAGCAAAGCAGUGGAAAUCAAUCUGUGCAAAUAUUGAAAGUGCAUUCUUUGCAAACAAACGAACCUGAAAUACAAACUGUUGGCGCAGUAAAUGCAAUGGAUCAUCAAACUGCAAACACAUAUCAUUCUCAUCAACAGGAACAUGUUCAAGCUCCAGUCACACAUUCAAUUCAAAGUAUACCCUUAUCUAAGGAACAACUUCAUGCGAUAUUGAACGUAAAUUCAGCGCAUUCACAUAAUUCAAGUAAUAUUCAAAGUAGUAAUAAUGUCGGAAUUUCUCGAAAUAAUGAUGAAUUUGAUGCAAUUGGAAUGAAUGUUGCUAGUAAACUUCGUACAAUGAAUCCAACGCAAAGGAUAAUAGCAGAAAAAUUGAUAAGUGAUGUUCUGUUCAAUGGCCAACUUGACACCUUGGCAGUUUCGUCACGUAUUUCUACACAUUAAGGAUAAAAUUUAGUACUUAGCAUCAUUUUAAAAUUAAGUUUGCACUUUUAUGUUUCCGAACAAUAUGUUAGAAUUUAAGGCCUAAAGAAAAAUUAAUAUAUUAGUUCAGACAAAAUUUUUUAAUUUUAGGAUUCAAAUUUAUGAAGAGGUAAUAAAAAUAAAUUAUACAUAUAUGUACAUGCAUGAAUGAGUGCCCAAAUAUAACGAAAAUAUUUAUAAUUAAUAAUACCUCAAUA